AUGGCCGCUAGUGCCUUCCUCGCCAUCACCACUGCCGCCCCAAUCCCUUCAUCUUCGACCCCAAAUCUACCAGUCGACUCCAUCGAGCUGGGUAAACCCAACUCUGUGAUUGCCUGGGGCAAACGCGACACGACAGAGAAAGACACCUUCACUCUCGGCAAACCCAAAACCGUAAUCACAUGGGAAAGAGAUACUAACACCGCCGACCCAGCGAACACGAUUGAUCUGGGUAAACCUAGUAGUGAGAUUAGCUGGGUGAAGAGGGACACGACGACCGUAACCACGGACCCAAACACCAUCGACCUGGGGAAGCCCAGUUCGGGAGUUACGUGGGGGAAGCGCGACACUACUAGCACUACCACAGACCCAAACACCAUCGAUCUAGGUAAACCUAGUUCGGGUGUCACCUGGGGAAAGAGCAAGCGGGAUGAAUCGCCCAACCCGGAUGAGAUUGGUAUUGGGGCACCGGACUCUGAGACUACGUGGGGUUGA